AUGACGAUGCUGCUGGACGGAGGGCCGCAGUUCCCUGCGCUGGGGGUGGGCGGCUUCGCGGCGCCCCGCCACCACGAGAUGUCGGGCCGCGACCCCGCCGCCGCCGCCGGGAUGGGACUGGGACCCUUCGGGGACUCCUCGCACGCCGCCGCCGCCGCCGCCUUCAAGCUUAACGCGGCCCCGCACGACCUCGCCGCCGGGCAGAGCUCCGCGUUCACCCCCCAGGCUCCCGGCUACGCCAGCGCGCUCGGCCAUCACCACCACCACCAUCACCACCACGCCGGCCAGGUGCCCUCUUACGGCGGGGCCGCCGCCUUCAACUCCACCCGCGACUUUCUGUUCCGCAACCGCGGCUCCGGGAUCGCGGACGCGGGCUCCGGCACGGCUCAACACGGCCUUUUUGGCGGCUCUCCCGGAGGUUUGCACGGUCCCGGAGGCAUCCCGGACAGCCCGGGCUACCUGCUCUUCCCCGGGCUCCACGAGCAGAGCCCGAGCCACACGUCCCCCGGCGGGCACGUGGACAACGGACAGAUGCACCUGGGGCUGCGCGGGGAUCUAUUCGGGCGGCCGGACCCGUACCGCGCCGUCUCCAGCCCUCGCACGGACCCUUACGGCGGGGCCCAGUUCCACAACUACAACCACAUGAACAUGAAUAUGGGCGUGAACGUGGCCGCUCAUCACCACCACCACCAUCACCACCACGGGCCCGGGGCUUUCUUUCGGUACAUGAGGCAGCCCAUCAAGCAAGAGCUGUCCUGCAAGUGGCUCGACGAGAGCCAGCUCAGCCGGCCCAAGAAGAGCUGCGACAGGACUUUCAGCACCAUGCACGAGUUGGUCACCCACGUCACCAUGGAGCACGUCGGGGGGCCGGAGCAGAACAACCACAUCUGCUACUGGGACGAGUGCCCGCGGGAAGGCAAAUCCUUCAAGGCGAAAUACAAACUGGUCAACCACAUUCGGGUGCAUACGGGGGAGAAGCCUUUUCCCUGCCCCUUCCCCGGCUGCGGGAAGAUCUUUGCCCGCUCCGAGAAUCUCAAGAUCCACAAGCGGACGCACACAGGUGAGAAGCCCUUCAAGUGCGAGUUUGAGGGCUGCGACCGGCGCUUCGCCAACAGCAGCGACAGGAAGAAACACAUGCACGUCCACACCUCGGACAAGCCCUACAUCUGCAAGGUGUGCGACAAAUCCUACACCCACCCCAGCUCACUUAGGAAACACAUGAAGGUGCACGAAUCCCAGGGCUCGGACUCUUCCCCUGCAGCCAGUUCGGGCUAUGAGUCCUCCACCCCCCCUGCGGUGGGCUCGGCCGGCAGCAAGGACUCCACGAAAACGCCGCCGGCAGCCCUGCAAGGGAACCCCGGCCACAACCCCGGCCUGCCCCCCAAUUUUAACGAGUGGUAUGUGUGA